AUCAUCAGCUUAGUUUGCACAUACCUAGAUGUCACCAGAGAACAUACAUACAUAUAUCCCCCUCAACUUUGACGCGUAUCUAGCAUUUUCGAUCGGAAAAUUAUAAAAAUAUAGAAUUUAGGAAUACAUUUGUUAGCCUGUGCCAAGUGGUCGCGAAAUUAAUGAACAGCAACGAGUCAUCAACGACAUCCAAAUCGAGUCUGACCCUUCGGAUCCAACAUGGGCUUUGAUCUCAACUGCAUUGUUGGUGUCGUGGACGAGGAGCUCGUCUGCCCGAUCUGCGGCGACGUUCUGGAGGAUCCUGUGCAAUCCUCUGGCUGCGAGCAUGCCUUCUGCCGGGCCUGCAUUGAGAAGUGGAUGCUGGAGAAGCAGAUCUGCCCCGUGGACCGCUCCGACCUGAUGCGUGGUCACCUGGUGCCCGUCUCUCGUCUGAUGCGCAACAUGCUCUCGCGGCUGAGGAUAACGUGCAACUUCGCGGAUAGCGGAUGCCUCCUGCACCUGCGCCUGGAGGACUACCGGUUCCAUGUGGCCAGCUGCGAGUACAAUCCAAAGGUGGCCGUAGAGUGCAGCAACGGCUGCGGCAUGAAGGUGCCCAAGGAUGAGUUAGCCACCCAUAAUUGCAUCUUGGAGCUUAGAGAGCUGGUGAAUAGACAGCAGAGCGAGAUUGUGGAUCUAAAGAAGGCGCAGGGGAGCCUGGAGGUGCGCAUUGUGACCCAACGCAGGGAGUUGGAGCUGCUGCAGUAUUAUGUCACUGCACUGCGAUCCUCCAAUCCGAUGCUGCGGAACAUUGGGGAGCAACUGGACCGCUACUCUCUGAUGCAGUGGGGCAGUGGACUACCGCUGGCCACUGUCCGGACCUGGGGAAGCCUGAUCUCCACCCCGGACACUCCCAUGCAUGUGACCGUGCGGGAGUGCUUGUGCUCCUGCGGCUGCCCGAUGAACCUGGUUAACCUGAUGGUGGACCGCUGCCACGAGGAUCACUGGCCCGAUGGCCUGAUGAACUUGGACGUGCGCCGCGAGAACUUCCACCGCCUGCCGCUGUAUGUGACUCACCUGCUGCCCUCGCUUUCCACGGGAAAGCAGUGUGUGGUUGUGCUGGGAGGCGACAACACCCACAUGCCGGAAAAUCUGCGACCCGUCCUCGGUCUGGUAAUGAUCUUCGUUGAAGGCGUCGAGGAAGUGCAGCAAGAUCCGCAGCCCGACAAUGAGCUUGCCUGAGCCACACUAGUAUCUCCCAGGGUCAAAAUUAUGUUUGUAACAUACACAUCCCCGAUAACCGAUCCCCGAUAUCAACAUCCUUUCGCUUUUCAUCUUCAUCCUGGGAUUGAACAAAAGUUGCUUUGAGUGUUUUAGAUCCACAUCGUUGUUUGUGACCCCAUCUGGAACUAAACAGUAAAAAUAAAUAGUAAAAAAACAAAACUGAA